CCAACCAACCUUUCUGGUUGGUACGGUUUCACCAUUCCAGUGCCUCCCUCUUGCCCGAGCGGAGCGCGGAAACUUGCAAUUCCACAUCUCCUGCCUUACCUCUCGCCUCUGUGUCUUUGUCCUCUCGUGCUGGUGAGCUUACCGCAACGCGUCGCGUCGCUUAUCCCACUUGUUCCGUUCCCGAGCGAGGGUUUUAAUCCGCCAUGGGGAAGAAGCUCCUAGCGGAAAACGCGGAGAUUAUAACGGAAGGCGCGGAUGCGUCUAUCGGAUCGAGAAAUGCGGACGACAAGAGAGAGGCGAAGAAGGCCAAAAAGGAGAAGAAACUUAAAGCCGAGAAGAAGCGGAAACAGGAGGAUUUAAGCGGUGAUGCCACCGAGGCAGCCGCGUCGGCACCCGCGAAAGGCGAGAAGAAAAGCAAGAAGAAGCAGCGCGCCGACAGCGCCGCUUCGCCGAGCGCUUCCCCCGAUUCCUCUCCCGCCAGAGCAUCCGCUUCCCCCGCCGCCGCCCCCGCGGCUCCUUCCGCCCCAGCCCACGCGAAGCUCGAGAGCUGGGCUGACGUGGACGUCCGCGUGGAAGGCUUGGAGAUCGACGGCGCUGACCCAUCAUCCGCCGCGUGUCAACCGCUUCGCCCACUGGCCUCGUUCGCGGAAGCUGCGCCGCACGUCCCCGCGGAUCUGCUCUCCGCGUGCGCGUCGUUCGCGUCCCCCUCCCCCAUCCAGCGCUGGGCGUGGCCGGUGCUGCUGCGCGGGCGCGAUCUGGUUGCGAUCGCGGCGACGGGGUCGGGGAAAACGCUGGCGUUCGGAGUGCCCGGGCUGAAGCACGCGCUGGAAGCGCGCAAGGGCGGAGGCGGAAGGGGGAAGCGGAACGGCUCCGCGCAGCCGUCGAUGCUGGUCGUCGCGCCGACUCGCGAGCUUGCGCAACAGAUCGCGGAGGUGCUAGAGGCGGCGGGGAAGCGCUGCGGGGUGGGGGUGGUGUGCGUGUUCGGCGGCGCGCCGAAGGGCGCUCAGCGGUCCGCGCUGGCGCAAUCGCCGGGCGUGGUGGUGGCGACGCCGGGGCGCCUCAAGGACCACAUGCAGGACGGCACGAUUUCUCUCGCGGCUGCAUCCUUCGUGGUGCUGGACGAGGCGGACCGCAUGCUGGACAUGGGGUUCGAGCCUGACAUCCGGUUCAUUCUGCAAGCCACGCCGGCUGACCGCCAGACUGCCAUGCUGAGUGCCACGUGGCCGCCUGAGAUCUCCAAGCUAGCCAGCGAUUUCCUCAAGAACCCCAUCAAGGUGAUGGUGGGUCGGAGCACGGGCGGCAUGUCGGCGAACGACGACGUGACUCAGAUCGUGGAGGUGGUGGAGCCGUGGCAGAAGAGCAAGCUGCUCGUCGAACUUCUCAAGAAAUACCACAAGUCCAGGAGCAACCGGGUGCUGGUCUUUGUGCUCUACAAGGUGGAGGCGGAGCGCAUAGAAGCGCUGCUCGCCUCGCAUGGGUUCAAGGUGGGCGGCAUCCACGGCAACAAGAACCAGAACCUUCGCACCAAGGCUGUCAACGACUUCAAGAGCGGCGUUGUGCCUGUGCUGGUGGCUACGGACGUUGCAGCAAGGGGGCUCGACAUUCCCAAUGUUGAAGUGGUUAUCAACUGCACCUUCCCUCUAACGACCGAGGACUACGUCCAUCGCAUCGGGCGCACGGGCAGGGCGGGCAACAAGGGCAUCGCGCACACACUGUUCACUUCAGAGGAUAAGUCACGUGCAGGCGAGCUGGUGAAUGUGCUGCGCCAGGCCAAUCAACCCGUGCCCGAAGGCCUCUUCAAGUUCGACCUCUCCGUCAAGAAAAAGGAGUCCAAGCUGUAUGGAGCUCAUUUCAAGGACAUCUCCCAAGUCACAAAGAAAGCCACCAAGAUCACAUUUGACUCUGAUGACGAUGAGUGAACAACUGUGUGGUGUAAGGGAAAGCGAUUUUCUCACUGGUGUUCCAACAUAUCUUUCUACUAGCGCUUCACAUACCAAGGUUUAAUCCAUAUAAUACCGUGUAAACAACAAUAUAUUUCGCUUCAAUAAUAUUGUAUGGAUAUUUGGAUGCGACUUCAGGGCAACUG